UCCGGUCACUUUUUUGGGAGGCGGAGCAGCACCGGCAUCAUGGCGUCUCCGGAUAUGAUGUUUCUUAGGAAACUCAGCCACAAAAAGUAUAGGGCCGUCCUGAAGAAGGAGAAACGAAAGAAACGUCGGCAGGAACUCGCCCGAUUAAGAGAUGCAGGCAUUUCACAGGAAGAGAAGGAAGAGGAUACUUCUGUUGAAGAAGAAGAAGAAGAAGAAAAGCUGUUGGAGAAAGAGAGGCAAAAAUUACAUGAGCAGUGGUUGCUGCGGGAGCAAAAGGCACAAGAAGAAUUCAGAAUAAAAAAGGAAAAGGAAGAGGCAGCUAGAAAACAGCAGGAAGAACAAGAGAGAAAAUUAAAGGAAAAAUGGGAAGAACAGCAGAGAAAAGAGAAAGAGGAGGAGGAACAGAAACUUCAGGAGAAGAGAGAAAGAGAGGAAGCCAUGCAGAAGAUGCUGAAUCAGGCUGGAACUGAGUUGGACAGUAUUGUCACCUGGCAGAACCCAGAACCACCCACGGAUUUAAGAGUAGCGGAGAAAGAUCGAGCCAGUUGUCCAUUCUACACUAAAACAGGAGCAUGCAGAUUUGGAGAUCGGUGUUCACGUAAACAUAACUUCCCCACAUCGAGUCCCACCCUUCUUAUUAAAAGCAUGUUUACAACGUUUGGAAUGGAGCAGUGCAGGAGGGAUGACUAUGACACUGACGCAAGCCUGGAAUACAGCGAAGAGGAAAUCUACCAGCAGUUCCUAGACUUCUAUGAUGAUGUGUUGCCUGAGUUUAGGAACGUGGGGAAAGUGAUUCAGUUCAAGGUUAGCUGCAACAUGGAACCUCAUCUGAGAGGCAAUGUAUAUGUUCAGUACCAGACGGAAGAAGAAUGCCAAUCAGCACUUGCCUUGUUUAAUGGCCGAUGGUAUGCAGGAAGACAGCUUCAGUGUGAAUUCUGCCCAGUCACCCGGUGGAAAAUGGCCAUUUGUGGUUUAUUUGAGAUCCAACAAUGUCCAAGAGGAAAACACUGCAACUUUCUUCAUGUGUUCAGAAACCCCAACAAUGAAUUUUGGGAAGCCAACAGGGACCUCUUGUGUCUAGAUCAGACUGGCCCUUCCUUUGGGAAGAACUUGGAGAGGAGAGACAAGAUGGGUCACCACGAGGAAUACUAUAGCAGGUCAAGAAGAAGAAGAAGCCCCAGUGAAGACAAUUCCUACAAGAGAAAUGGGGAAUCUACUGCUAGAAAGAGAAGUAGUCAUCGGGGGAAAAAGUCUCACAAACACUCGGCCAAGGGUCGUGGUAGGCACAGUUCAGGGAGUAGAGGAAGGAAGAGGGACAGUAGUCGGAGCCCCAGCAGCCAGAGCCACAGCCGCAGGAGCCACAACCACCACCGGAGCCACAACCACCGCCGGAGCCACAACCACCACCACUGUAAGCAUCGCCAGAGCCGGAGCCGGAGCCAGAGCCGGAGCCGGAGCCAGAGCUCAUCUCCAUGCAGGGAUUAGGGCGGGCAAGUCAAGUCGUGGAGGUAAAACCAUUGAGAGUCCCAAUCCAAAUAAAACUUUUAUUCUUUAA